UAUAGGAUUAUUUGAUUUUUGAUUGGCAUACCCGACAUACAUAGGAAGUCACAUGGGAGCCGAUUGCUUUUUCUUUAAAAGCGUAGUGUUGAAAGGACACAAUGGGUCGUUAUUCCCACGAACCGGUCAAUCAGACCAAAUCUUGUAAAGCGCGCGGAUCCAAUCUUCGAGUGCACUUUAAGAACACUCAUGAGGCAGCCCGUGCUGUUAAGAACAUGCCUCUACGGAGGGCACAAAAAUACCUGAAGAACGUCAUCGAACAUAAGGAGUGUGUUCCCUUCCGUAGAUUCAACGGUGGUGUUGGCAGAUGCGCUCAAGCAAAACAAUUUGGCACUACGCAAGGUCGUUGGCCUAAGAAGUCUGCGGAAUUUCUACUACAACUUUUAAGAAAUGCAGAAAGUAAUGCGGAUUACAAAGGGCUCGAUGUAGACCGUCUUGUGAUUGAACACAUUCAAGUUAAUCAUGCGCCUUGCCUUCGUAGAAGAACAUAUAGAGCUCAUGGUCGUAUAAAUCCUUAUAUGAGCUCGCCUUGUCAUAUUGAAGUAAUACUGACAGAGAAAGAAGACGUUGUUGCUAAAGCAACAGAAGAAGAGCCAUCAAAAAAGAAACUUAGCAAGAAAAAGCUUGCUAGGCAAAAGGAAAAAAUGAUGAGAGAAUAAUUUCAUGCUUUAUAUGCUAUUAAAUGUACUACAAAAAGUGAAGAAAUGGAUUCAUAAAAUAA